GUCAGCCCGCUACAUCUGAAGCAGCCAGGAGGGAAGAUUGUGUCACUACCCCGGGAUGGAGGACAAAGACAAAGAGGCUGAGCAUGCAUGAGAAACUGGCCAUGGAAUUUCAUGAGCACAAACUAAUGCAUUUAAAGGAAGCAGCAGCAGUACCAAUGUUCUUCUCGAACCAGCACCAGUUCAGGGUCCCGAUAUUUCCAUUUGUGAAUAUCCAUGGCUAUUUUUUGCUUCAAUCACAUGAGCUAUCUGUUGUGAGAAGUGCUGCAUAGCAAAAGCCCCUCUGCAGGCUUGUCCAUUUCUGUCAUUGUCUGCCUCAACCAUAGGAACAUCUGGGUCAUCCUCACCUUCAAUGCGAUGAUCUGGUCAGCUAUGCUGUUUGAGGUUAUUGUGAAGCAAUGGUGUUGCAAUUAUGACAAUGCAGCAUCUUCUUGGUUGAAAGCGCACUGGAAACGACUCUUCUAUACACCAAACGUGCUCCAAUACACCUCUGGUGAGGAUAUGAGCUUAGUUGUACCGUUGUUGCUCAGGUCCUAUUGCAUGAAGAUAGGGGGUGAACGAGAAGUUGGUCUGUGCAUACCCACUGUCACCAAGUAGGAUUCCACUAUGUUGUCCUCCUUCAAGCUGAGUAUACAAAGAGGAGUUUUGGAAAAUCCUUGAGUCAUGAGUUGCACCUUUCCAACGUGCAACAAUGUUGGAGAACUGCAAAUUGGGAGUGCACACACUUUGUAAAAAAAUUUCGAACCAGUUUUUAAGAUUCCUGUACUCCUCAGCAUCUGUUGUAGAGGGACACUUGAUGGGAAUAUACAUCAAUCUAUCUAUACAGCCAAUGACUCCAGGGAAGUUCCCAUAUUCAUAGAACUCUACUUUGUAGUUGACUUGGGCAGCAGCAUCCGGGAACUUGAUGUGUGCUAAUGGUUUGCAGUGAUUGUAUAGAGAUUCUAUUAAUUGUGCAUUGUAAAUUGUUACUGACUGCUUGUUGUGGCUCAUUUGUAACUGAAACACUGUGCCUCUCUGAAGUGAAGGGAGCACCUAAUUGUCUUCAUGUGACUGUCUAUCCCAUAAUAACAUCCAGCAAUUACAUUAGACCUCUGAUGCAUGCACACACACACACACACACACACACGUCACACCAACACACGUUUCCUGUCCAGUCAAAAGUUCCUGUAGAAGAACUUGAUGUCAUCUUUAUAGUGCGUUCCAAGCAUGCGGUAAAGACAAAAUUCACUUAAUCAUCAUGGUAAACACUAUUGGGCAGUUUAUGGGACGGCUGUUUAAAAAACUGUUCGCUAGGCGUAGGCAAGACCAUAAGCAAAAAGGUAAACUGGGAUAAUACUAAAGAGUUAAUCAGGGUGAUUUUUCCACACAUUUCCAUGGUAGCAAGAUCGUAUCUAUUUUUGCUAACUUUCUAUUAAAAUGUAUUGGAGUGAGAUCCUUUAUUUCAUUUGGGAUAUGUAUUCCGAGUAUAUCCACAUCACCAUCAGACCAUUUUAUUGGUAAACUACAUGGUAAUGUAAAUGUUUUAUUUUUUAGUUAUCCAAUACGUAAUAUAGUACAUGUAUCAUAAUUUGGUUGUAAUCCAGAGAGGUUAGAAAUGUAUCUAGAUCCUCUAUGAGGCUGUGGAGUGAUUCAAGUUGUAUUGAUUGUUGGCCCACUUUUACAAAUUAGAGUCACUUUGAAAUGUUUGUUUUCUUGAGUAACACAACACAGUGGGGCCUAAAUGUAUUUGUGUGACAGAAAUUUAACACAAACAAUAUCAUGCAUAUUUACUAAUAUCAUUUCUAUAUUGUCUUUCUAAGGUCUUGUGGAAAGACAAAUGCUGUUGCUUGUAGGGAGUGUAUCAAGACUGGUAAUACCAGAGACAGAUGAGCUGGGGGAUUUGUUGACCGGAAUCAUUGCUACCCAGCAACCCCUGGAAGUUAUCCCCGAUGAUGACCAUUUAGACAGUUCAGAUGGGAGACCGUUCCAAUCCUCAUUUGGUAGGACACAUUCAUAGAACAUGUGCCUCCCUGGAUUGCAGGGAAUAUGUAAUGUUGUCAGUCAUCUCUUGCACUCCCGUAAUAACAAUUACAGUCGUGGUCAAAAGUUUUGAGAAUGACACAAAUACUACUUUUCACAAAGUCUGCUGCCUCAGUUUUGAUUAUGGCAAUUUGCAUAUACUCCAGAAUGUCAUGAAGAGUGAUCAGAUUAAUUGCAAUUAAUUGCAAAGUCCCUCUUUGCCAUGAAAAUGAACUUAAUCCCAAAAAACAUUUCCACUGCAUUUCAGCCCUGCCACAAAAGGACCAGCUGCCAUCAUGUCAGUGAUUCUCUCGUUAACACAGGUGAGAGUGUUGACGAGGACAAGGCUGGAGAUCACUCUGUCAUGCUGAUUGAGUUAGAAUAACAGACUGGAAGCUUUAAAAGGAGGGUGGUGCUUGAAAUCAUUGUUUUUCCUCUGUUAACUAUGGUUACCUGCAAGGAAACAUGUGCCGUCAUCAUCGCUUUGCACAAAAAGGGCUUCACAGGCAAGGAUAUUGCUGCUAGUAAGAUUGCACCUAUAUCAACCAUUUAUCGGAUCAUCAAGAACUUAAUGGAGAGAGGUUCAAUUGUUGUGAAGAAGGCGUCAGGGUGCCCAAGAAAGUCCAGCAAGCGCCAGGACCGUCUCCUAAAGUUGAUUCAGCUGCGGGAUCGGGGCACCACCAGUGCAGAGCUUGCUCAGGAAUGGCAGCAGGCAGGUGUGAGUGCAUCUGCACGCACAGUGAGGCAAAUACUUUUGGAGGAUGGCCUGGUGUCAAGAAGGGCAGCAAAGAAGCCACUUCUCUCCAGGAAAAACAUCAGGGACAGACUGAUAUUCUGCAAAAGGUACACGGAUUGGACUGCUGAGGACUAGGGUAAAGUCAUUUUCUCUGAUGAAUCCCCUUUCCGAUUGUUUGGGGCAUCCGGAAAACACCUUGUACGGAGAAGACAAGGUGAGCGCUACCAUCAGUCCUGUGUCAUGCCAACAGUAAAGCAUCCUGAGACCAUUCAUGUGUGGGGUUGCUUCUCAGUCAAGGGAGUGGGCUCACUCACAAUUUUGCCUAAGAACACAGCCAUGAAUAAAGAAUGGUACAUUUACAUUUACGUCAUUUAGCAGACGCUCUUAUCCAGAGCGACUUACAAAUAGCCAACACAUCCUCCGAGAGCAACUUCUCCCAACCAUCCAAGAACAGUUUGGUGACGACCAAUGCCUUUUCCAGCAUGAUGGAGCACCUUGCCAUGAGGCAAAAGUGAUAACUAAGUGGCUCAGGGAACAAAACAUCGACAUUUUGGGUCCAUGGCCAGGAAACUCCCCAGACCUUAAUCCCAUUGAGAACUUGUGGUCGAUCCUCAAGAGGCGGGUGGACAAACAAAACCCCACAAAUUCUGACAAACUCCAAGCAUUGAUUAUGCAAGAAUGGGCUGCCAUCAGUCAGGAUGUGGCCCAGAAGUUAAUUGACAGCAUGCCAGGGCGGAUUGCAGAGGUCUUGAAAAAAAAGUGUCAACACCGCAAAUAUUGACUCUUUGCAUAAACUUAAUGUAAUUGUCAAUAAAAGCCUUUGACACUUAUGGAAUGCUUGUAAUUAUACUUCAGUAUACCAUAGUAACAUCUGACAAAAAUAUCUCAUAACACUGAAGCAGCAAAUUUUGUGAAGACCAAUACUUGUGUCAUUCUCAAAACUUUUGACCACGACUGUAUGUAAUGAACUCAACUCUUGAAGAAAUAAUGUUCUCUAAUGCAGCAAUGUAAUCAUUUUCUAGAGGCAGAUGAUCACCAUAGCUUGGAGGGGACUUGUCUUAACGGGAUGAAUGUCAGCCCGCUACAUCUGAAGCAGCCAGGAGGGAAGAUUGUGUCACUACCCCGGGAUGGAGGACAAAGAGAAAGAGGCUGAGCAUGCAUGAGAAACUGCCCAUGGAAUUUCAUGAGCGCAAACUAAUGUAUUUAAAAGAGGAGCAUGAUAUGACAAUGCAAAUCCUUCAUGUUGAGUUGGCUAUGAAGGAGGAGGAGAGAAACAGGAAGCAGCAGCAGUACCAAUGUUCUUCUCAAACCAGCACCAGUUCAGGGUCCCGAUAUUUCUAUUUG